GUCUGUGAUCAACAAGUGCCGAAAACGGUUGACUCUGUCGAUUUACUGAGCGGGAAACUUGAACCCACGUUGCCGGUUGGAGCGUCGCGACGCCAUGGGUGCGACAAAUUUAGAAUACAACUGUUGCUUUCUCCCGUAGAAAAAAGUUAAUUCUAGCCGGUUAUUUUGUGUGAAAUCGUUUGGUGUGUUUUUGUGGUAUUAUUUUUAGGAUUUUUUUGUGUUGAAAACGUGAAAACAUAAUAAAUCGCGAGAAAAUUGCAGCGAAGAACUUAGAAAAGUUUACAUUUUUCCCUUUAGCGAUGAGGAAAGUUUUCGGUACCUAAAACACGCAGCAAGUGAAAACAAAAAGUGUGAUUAGUUAAUAAGUGUCAGUGAUGAUAAUUACAAACCGCGCGGGCACGAAAAAAAGCAUAAAAGCCAAUAACUGAUAACUCAUACAAUACACUUUAGUGGGGGGUAACUAACUAACUACAAUCACAGCAAAUAAACAACAACGCGUUUUGGUGAUUAGGCCGCUGCGUCCGUCCGCCGAGCUGAAAUUGUUGACGCGGUUUUUAUUUUGUUAUCAACGAACGAGAUCCACCACACCCGGGCACACCGCAGCGGGGAAAAAGGAAGGUGUACACACCAAUUGUCGCGCUAAGUUGGACACAUCCAUAUGUAACAGGUGCACUUGGAGCGUUGAAGCCGUAAGAUCGUUCCAGCUCAGUUCCAAAUGAGACUCCGCAACGUUCGGUGUUCUCGGUGGCGAAAGAAUAUCGCUCAAGGUGAUCGAGGAAAGUGCCCGGAAAGCAUACUUAAUCGCGCAGGAUCAGUGAAAGUAUUCUAAACGCUUGAAGAAACAUAAGAAGCUCUAGUCAGUGAAAUUUGAAAAAAAACGUGAGUUCUCGUUAAGUGACUCAAUUAUCAGGCAGCGGGCGAGAUGCCGAUGAAGGAAUGGAUCUACCGGUUGCAACCGGUACAGCUCUACAUAGUUCUGGCCCUCUCGAUCGUGUACUUUUUGGUGCAACUGUUCUUGAGCCACAUUUCUCACGCGCUGGUCCUGCUCGUCGAUUCGUACCACAUGCUGUGCAACAUCAUUGCCCUUACCGGGUGCAUCCUCACAAUCAAGCACAGCAAAAGAUCACCGGUAACUGAAACCUGUCGACAGAACCUUUCGGUCUCCCAAAACUCUAUCGAUGGAAAAGGUUUCGCUGAGGUGCUUCCAACGCAAGAGGAACCCAAUCCAAGUCCGGAAUCGAAGGACCUCUGCAGCCCGACCGCAGUCAAACAGAAGGUCAAAGCCAAGAGUCGCCAACAGCGAGAAAACAGCCUGCGGAACACGUUCGGUUGGACCCGAAUCGAUGUGCUGACCAUGCUGGUGGUUUGCAUAUUCCUGGCCUCGUUCUGCUUUUCGGCAGUGGUGGAAGCCCUGCAAACCCUUUCCCACAUUCACCAUCAGGAUGCAAUGCACUUCCCCAUUCCGGUGCUGAUCCUGGGGGCCAUGGGUAUCAUUCUGAAUGGGUUUUGCUAUUUGUUGAUUGGAGGCUAUACCUAUCAUCAGGGUAGCUUCCUGUACAUAACCUCGAGCGGUGAGGUGGUGCUAGAUAAGAUCGUGUCCGGUGAUGGCAUCCGGAAGGGCGAGCGAAGGUUGUCCGGUUCCCGGAAACAGGUGGGAGCAGCACAGCGUCAUGAUGCAGGGAAGAGGCAGAGUGUUCGAGAACUGAUGCGAGAUAUUUGCAGUACAGUUUUUGUCAUCGUUUGCUCGAUGAUCGUGCACUACACCAAUGAAGACGAGAACACCUCGAAGUUUGUCGAUCCUCUGUGUUCGAUAAUAUCUUGCGUCGUACUGAUGACCCUAAGCUAUCCUUACAUGAAAGAAUCUGGCAUGAUUCUCCUCCAGACGAUUCCCGACUCGAUCGACAUCGAAAUAUUCGAAAAAUCGCUGUUGCAAAUGUUUCCGAGCAUUGAGAGCGUCCACGAUCUGCACAUCUGGCAGCUGAGCGCCAACAAAUACGUCUCCACGGCUCAUGUGAUCUUCGAGAGUCCCAAGGUGUACGCGGAAAUCAACGAGGCCGUGGUAGCGUUUUUCCACGAGCAGGGCAUCAACCAGGUCACGAUCCAGCCGGAGUUCAAAACCAAACCGGCCAUGCUUCCGUUGCUGGCACCGAAACCGGAAGAUGUGUCGAAAGAUGGUGAAACAACCAGUUGUCUGAUGCAGUGUCGCCAAGCCGGCUGCCUGGAGAAACAUUGCUGUGGCCACAUCAAUCGAACGGACUCCAGCAAAAAGCUACCGGUACCAGUGCUAGUCGUGGACAAAAUUGCAAUUACAAGACCUAGUUCAAGCGAAAGCAUUGAACUGGAAGUAUCGAAGAGUUCAGAUGUAGAUGUAGCCAGUAAAACUAGUCAAGAACUUUCUCCUGUUAAGGUAUUGGAACCCAAUAUUCCAGAGACCCAGGAAGAAAUGAAACAAUCAACCAAUAGUUCUAACGAAUCGGCGAAAAAGGUUGACAUCGAUGAAAUAUCUAGGUGUUGAGAAACGAGGAGGGAUCGAAAGAUCAACGAACUAGGUUAAGGACCUUGUACCCACAGUAUGUUUCUGUGGGGUACGAUUCUCCUUCAUGUUUGUUAGUACAAAACAAAACCAUAAUCUAGGAAGACUGUGACCACUUGUUAAAUUUUACUAUUUCUAGUGUGGCACUUGAAUUCGAACACACAAAGCAGUUAACACAUAACAACUUACAACUAUGUCGAAAGCAAGCUCAGAUAGUUAGAAAAAUCAAACGAAAAUUUAUCAUACAAUCCGCGAAAGGAAAGAAAGAAGGAUUGAAAUAAGAGAUAAAAACGAAUCAAGUCUUCUGCCAUUGUUUUAAAGAUCUCGAUGUAGUGACCAGUAUCAAUUGGACAGAUAAAAAAUUGUAGAUUUUGUGGAAAUUGUUAUCCAAACAGAGAUGCAACAGGGAUAUUAUAAGUAUGUGAAGUUUAUAUUAAAAUCAAUAGAAACUAAGAACAAAGAUGAAUUUGCAGCCAUAACGAACAAUUUGAACCGAUACAAAACAUGAAUUGUAUUUACUGCCAUUAACCUACUAAAAAUGGUCGUUGAUCAGAAAAAUAAAAUGAGGAAUUCAUCAAAAGUCAACAGUUUGCUAACAGUGAGUGUUGUGUAGAUCGAUAAGGAUGAUUUUAAAAUAAUGUUAUGCAUUUUAGCUUUUAUAGUAUUAUUGAGGAAUUUAAAUAAAUUAGUUGUAGGUAACAUCAU